AUGCCCCACAAAGAGAAGAUCAAGGAUUUCCUACUGAAGGUGAGGUGCAAGGACGCAAAGUCUGUCAAGACUAAGAAAAACAGGGAUAAUGAGAAGUUUAAAGUCCGGUGCAGCAGGUACCUUUAUACAAUGGUCAUCAUAGACAAAGAGAAGGCAGAGAAACUGAAGCAGUCCCUGCCCCCAGGUUUGGUAGUAAAAGAGCUGAAAUGAACCAGGAAUGCUGAUUUAAACUGU